AUGCUCAGAAACCAGUUAAUUGCCAACGGAACACUUCGAAAUCAAACUCAAAUGAAACCGUCGAUCAUCCUGGAUAGUAGCGAUGAUGAAAACAUGUCUGAUGAUUAUGAAUAUUUAGUCUCAAAACCAUUACAACAAGUUUUAAUACCAGAAAGUAAUCAAGAAUCUCAAUCAAUCUCAAGUAGUAAUGUUGAGGCAAGCGUUAAGCAAUCAACCAUCGACGAGCAGCAACUUCAUAAAACAAAAAAAUAA